UCGGAAUGGAUGGUACACGACAUGUGCCACUAAUACAGAUUAUUUACCUCUAAUGUGUUCAGUGUUUUGUUAAAUAUAUAUAUAAAGUGAGACCUUUUAAAGGUUGUGUCUUUUGGCAGAAUGGUGUUUUACUUUACAAGCGCCGUUGUCUCACCGCCCCAUACUAUCUACAUGGGCAAAGAUAAAUAUGAAAACGAAGAUCUCAUCAAAUAUGGAUGGCCAGAAGAUAUCUGGUUUCACGUAGACAAGCUCUCAUCUGCUCAUGUAUAUCUAAGAAUGCCUAAGGGUACAACUAUAGAUGACAUUCCAAAGGAAGUCCUGAUCGACUGUGUCCAGCUGGUCAAAAACAACAGCAUUCAAGGCUGCAAAAUGAACAAUAUUAAUAUUGUCUACACACCAUGGAGCAAUCUGAAGAAAACAGCAGACAUGGAUAUCGGUCAGAUAGGAUUUCAUCGGCAGAAAGAGGUGAAAAUUGUAGCAGUUGAAAAGAAAAUCAACGAAAUCGUCAACAGACUAGAGAAAACAAAAGAGGAACGGUAUCCAGACCUUGCUGCUGAGAAAGAAUCCCGAGACAGAGAGGAAAGAAAUGAGAAGAAGGCUCAAAUACAAGAGCAGAAGAAGAAGGAGAAGGAGGAAGUGAAGAAGAAAAAAGAGAUGGAAGAUUUAAAGAAUUAUACAUCGCUCAUGAAGAGUGACAACAUGACCACAAAUGAGGAUGGCUAUGAUUCUGAUGAUUUCAUGUAAAGUUAAAGGAAUGAAUUGAGCUGCAAUGAAAAACCAGCAUCUUUUCCCACAGCAUCUCCAAAAGACAUCAUGGGCAUCAUAAAUGAGCGAUUAAUCAGAAACCGCAUUUGUGCCAAGAAAGCACAACACCAGGACAGUUCAAGAGCAGCUGGCUUGUUAUUCCUUUCAAAUGCACAUGCAAUAUGUAAAGUAUGUAAAAAAUAAUACUCUAAAAAUAAGUAGAUUGCUCUUCUACACCGGAUUUAGCUGAUUCAGUAUGUGAAGGAGUUUUGUUGUGAAUUAAAGAUGUUCACUUUGGAGAUGUGUUCAUGGAUAUUUAUGCAAAGACUUAUCUGGGGUAUUUGUGCUUAUUAAACAAUACCGUUCCGUCUGGAGUGAAAGCAUUUAUUGUCAAACCUUUAUCUUUUUUUGAUGUCCAAAAAUGAAUAAACUUUCGACUUUCUAAGUU